CCCUUGAAAAGUACCGGCACGUGACAUAUAAAUUGCAGCUGUAAAUAAUAAAAGAAUACCAAUUUUCUACUUAUGGUUGAUUAUUUUUAGCCUGGACAAAUUACAGAUUAUUUUAUGAGCAUCACUCACUGCAUUCUAUAAAAUGAUUCUUUAUAUCAUCCUUAUUUUAAUUUGUGCUGUAUCAUGUGUAUUUUUUUCCAGAAAACGUCCUAUUAACUUAAAUCAUGAUCACUUUUUGAUUACUGGUGGCUCCAGUGGAAUUGGAUUAGCCAUAGCAACAGAAGCUGUGAAAUUGGGUGCUAAUGUUACUAUAAUAGCCCGAUCAAAAGUACGAUUAGAAGAAGCUAAAAGAAUGUUAUGCAGUGAAAUAAUAAAGUCUAAUCAAAACAUUUUGAGUUUCUCUGCUGAUGUGUGCGAACAAAGUAACAGAUUGGCUGAAAUAGUCAAAGAGGCAGAGUAUAAUGCUGGUCCAAUCACUUUCCUUAUUAACUGUGCAGGCACAUCAGUAUGCCAUCUUUUUGAAGAUACUCCCAUGGAGGAUUUUUCAAAAAUGAUGAAUGUGAAUUAUUUAGGCAGUGUUAAUAUGACAUAUGCUGUAUUACCUUUGAUGAAACAACGAAAACGUGGUAAAAUUGUCUUUGUAUCAUCUUUAGCAGGCUUAAUUGGUUUGUUUGGAUACACUGCGUAUUCUGCAUCAAAAUUUGCUCUUUUUGGAUUGGCACAAGCGCUCCAAAUGGAGGUUAAGCCAUAUAAUAUAAGUGUCACAGUAUCUUUCCCUCCUGAUACAGAUACCCCUGGCUUUGCAGAAGAAAUCAAAGAUAAGCCAGUUGAAACUAUGCGCAUGAGUGAAUCUGGAGGAUUAUUUUCUGCAAAAGAAGUUGCAUUGAAAACAUUACAAGAUGCUUUUAACAAGAAAUUUAUGUCAUCUAUUGGUUUUGAGGGUUGGAUAUUAUGCACAUUAGGUAGUGGAACAGCACCUGUAAACUCUGUUCUUGAACUUGUCAUGCAAAUGAUGACAACUGGCUUUUUACGGCUGUGCAUCGUAUUUUAUUUAUGGAAAUGUAAUGACAUUGUUUAUCAAAGUGCCAAAGAGAGAGAAAGAAACAAAAGUUAAAGAAAAACAACUGUUAGAGUAAUCAUGUUAUAAAAGUGCUUCUUCUUUCUUUUUUGAUAUAAAUGCGAAUUUGGAUUACUAAAGUAUGCCCUGCAAGACUAAAAGAUUAGUCCAAGACUAGAGAUUAUUCCAAAGCUAAAAAUUUAAAUUACUAAAAAUGCACUCCAAGACCAACUCUUCCCCCAAAAAGCUUCAAGAAGAUAUCCAAAUAGGAUGUAUUCUGGUAAAUGUGCAAUGAAAAAGAAACAAAAUUUCAGAAAGUGUUUUACUAAAGAGCUACAGCUGCAUAUAGUGAAUAAAUCAAUAAAGCUUUGGCUUACCCCUAGAGCCCUUAUGGAAACUGUUAUUUAGCUUGACAUUGUCUCAUAAUAUUUGACCUGUUGUGGAAUAUUUUGCCAAACUGUCUCUAAUUGUUAAGGAAAUGCCUUUCAUAAGACCCCCAGACAAGCUCUUUUGGGUAAAGAUCUGGUGAUCUAACCAGCAAGGGAAGUUUAACAAAUAUGAGACAGUCAGUUGAAAUUUCUUUCAUAUGUGGCUGAUCAUUAUUCUGUUAAAAUUAAGCUCAAGGUGUCUCAAAAGGAAGGGUGACAGAAUAGGUCAUAGAAAAUCGUUGGUGUAUUAUCCUGCUGCAAGAAUGUCAUGGAUGGCAACCAAAGCGGUCCAACUAUCAUGAAAUUGCACCUUAGACUAUAACUUACUGCUUUUAUUCUCUGUGAUACAUGAUAGUGAUUGUGGUCAUUGUGGCUCAAAUCAAAGUAAGAUUCAUUCCUGAAAACCCUGUCAUUCCAGGUUAGAUGAGCUCAGCAUUGCUGCAAAUGUGCUUUUAAAUAAAUGUACAUAGAUGAUGUGUAGUCAGUGCAGUGAGCAUUAUGAGAACAGAUUCUAUUCUCCGAGUCCCUUAUUAAUGGUCUUUGAAGCCACUGGUGUCCCAGUUACACUAUAGAUCAUUGAUAAUGAGAAGCUGCAACAACUGCUCUGAGAUACGCUAUGGUCUCACUAUCUGUCCACUGCCUUCAUUGUGCAGUGCCGUAGUUCAACCAUUCCUGCCAUCAUCAUCAAAUGUCAAGUGAUCAUUGAUUGGACUUCCUUACCUCUUUAAGGGCAACUGCACGUUAGAAAGCUAGCAUUAUAAUUGCUGAACAUAAAAAAAAAAAAAAAAAAAAAGAUAUAUGCACUCUCUGUCAACCAGUUUAUCAAUGAAAAUAGGAUAUCUUUUGUUAAAUAUUUCUCUCAGCAUCCACACUCAGUAACUGAUUGUAUCAUCUCCAGACCACUGCAUAAAAACAGCCUCAAAAUUAAAGAAAUGCCUGAAAUCAUUACUAAACCAUGUUGCAACAGAGAUCUUCAAUACAUCUGGAUGUCAAUUCUGAGUGAAGCAAUUCUCAAUAUAAGGCAAUGAACUUGAUCAAACCAUCCAUUCUUCUUCAAGUUGACGAUGUAGACAGAUUGUCUGCAAAAGCUCCUUCCUUUUGAUCUAUGUUUAAACAUUGUUUCAGCAUAUCAGCCUAGAGUAUUUUAUCUUAUUUUUAAGUUCAUUUUAAGUGCAAGUGCCAGUUAAUUUUUUAGCAUGUAUUUGUAUUUGGAUCUGGAAUUUUGUUACAAUCAGAUGAUUUCUUCUUCAUGUGUCAAUUUUUUUGUCUUAAAUGGUAUAUCGGGGAUUUAGUGAUUACACAUUUGAAUCGUUUAUAUGUUUUUUUAAGCUUUGAUGUAUAAUUUAAUUUACAAAAAAUUUUUUAAUUUUUCUUAUAUUUUCAGCAUAGGAAUGAUGUGCACAGGCAUUCCAAAGAUUUCACAUUUUAAUAAAAUGCAUAAAUGUUA